AUGCCGUCGCACCGCCACCGCACCGCCGCCCGCUGCUUCUUCUUCUUCCUGCCACCGCACCGCUGCCCAUUUCUUCUUCUUCUUCCCGCCGCCGCUCCGCCGCCCGCCGCUUAUUCUUCCCGCCGCUGCACCGCCGCCCGGAAUACGGGGAGGGGGAGGGGACAGGUGGGGAAGCUAGGUGGGGGGGAGGGGGAGGGGGAGGGGGAAAGGGGGGAGGGGGACUGCAGUGGCGUUGGUGGUGGUGUUGGUGGUGGUGGAGUGGCAGUGGGUGUUGUUGAUGAUGAUGAUGAUGCUGAUAAUGAUGGUGGAGUGGCAGUUGGUGGUGGUGGUGGUGAAGAGGUAAUUAUGUUGGUAGUGGUGAGGGUAUUCUUGUAA